GCGCGGCUGCGGAGGGCGGCGGGGCUGCCGCGCCGGCUCCGCUCCCGGCGGCGCAAGCUGCGCCCAGCGCGGCGCCGCCUCCGCCCUUCCCUCGCCGCCGCCCGGUGCCGGUGGGGCGGCUGCCCCGGGCUCGCCGCGGUUCGAAGCGCCGGGAAGCGGCGGCUCCGCGUUCCGCCCGCGGAAACUUUGCCCGGCGCGCAAGGGAAGGAUGGAGCCAGGAGAGCCCGCGGCGGCGCCCCUCAACCUGUCCCGAGCCGCGGCAGAGACGCCCCGCGGGGAGUUCAACCUGUCCGGGCUGCCGGAGGCUGAGGGGAAGCCCCUCUUUGGCAUCGGCAUCGAGAACUUCAUCACCCUGAUCGUCUUCGGUUUAAUCUUCACCCUGGGGGUGCUGGGCAACACCCUGGUAAUCACGGUGCUGGCGAGGAGCAAGCCAGGCAAGCGCCGAAGCACCACCAACAUUUUCAUCCUCAAUCUGAGCAUCGCUGACCUGGCCUACUUGCUCUUCUGCAUCCCCUUCCAGUCCACGGUCUACGUGCUCCCCACCUGGGUGCUGGGAGCCUUCAUCUGCAAGUUCAUCCACUACUUCUUCACCAUCUCCAUGCUGGUGAGCAUCUUCACGCUCUCAGCCAUGUCCGUGGACCGGUACGUGGCCAUCGUGCACUCCCGACGCUCCUCAGCCUUGCGUGUUCCCCGCAACGCGCUGUUGGGCGUGGGGCUCAUCUGGGCGCUCUCCUUCGCCAUGGCCUCGCCUGUGGCUCACCACCAGCGCAUCUUCCACCGCGAGACCAGCAACCAGACCUUCUGCUGGGAGUUCUGGCCCAACCCGCGCCACAAGAAGGUCUACGUGAUUUGCACAUUCGUCUUCGGGUAUCUGCUCCCACUGCUGCUCAUCUCCUUCUGCUACGCCAAGGUUCUUAAUCAUCUGCAUAAGAAGUUAAAAAACAUGUCAAAGAAGUCAGAAGCAUCCAAGAAAAAGACAGCACAGACUGUGUUGGUGGUGGUAGUGGUUUUUGGCAUCUCCUGGCUGCCUCAUCACGUGAUCCAUCUCUGGGCUGAAUUUGGAGUUUUCCCACUGACUCAAGCCUCCUUUCUCUUCAGGGUAACUGCACACUGCCUGGCUUACAGCAAUUCUUCUGUGAACCCAAUCAUAUAUGCAUUUCUAUCUGAAAAUUUUAGGAAGGCCUACAAACAAGUCUUCAAAUGCCAGAUUGGUAAUGAGUCACUUCUGAAUGAUGCUAAGGAAAAUAAAAGUCGGAUAGAUACACCACCCUCUACCAAUUGUACCCACGUGUGAAUGUUGAGAAGCCCUGUAUGUCAGCUCUUCCUUUAGUUUAUGUAAACUAAACACCAAGAAAAAGAAAAAGCACAAUGAGCUUUAUCCUGGGUUUAUCUUGAUAAAGCUAAUUGGUAUUUAAUGUACUAAAGUUUCAUUUGUAACCAAAGUUUGUGAAACUCAUAGGAAAGUAACCUGAUCCUUUACAUUUUAGGUAGCUUUGUCAAAUAAGCUCUUGGACUUUCAUAGAUAUUUGAGAAAAAAAUGUUGAGGUGAUAUGUCUGUAUUCUUACUCACUGAGCAUGCAAAGGUACAAGAAGAAGAUGUUGAUGUGGUCAGGUAACUUUCUGACAUCUUACUCCAUGAAAGUGAAAAAUGGAUACAUUUCCUGUCCUACAGCUAAUAAAUGUGGACUACUGUGAUUUCAAAGACGAAAGCUUUUGUUCUCUCUCUGGAUUGUUUUAACAAUGCCCUUUUUAUUUUUAAAGUAAAUUUGGGCUCUGAUUUGGAGUUGGAAUAAGUUGUGUACACCUUGAGGCAAUUGCUUUAGAGAGGAAAUGCUAUUUCUAUCUGUUUAGCUGGUUUUAAUAUGUCUUACUGAGCAAGGAUGGAUUGGUUUUCCACUUCAUAUGGCUGCCUUACUGUAUAUACAGAACUUUUGUGUACACUAUAUAGGGGUUUUUUUAUGGCCUGUGUGUAAUUGUACCAAAAUGAGGAUUUGUGUCUAACUGAGGGAAGCUUUCCUUCAUGUGCUGCAUGAGCAUGUGUAUGUGUGUUUUCUUAAUUUCAUAGGCUUUGAGAUGGAGAUCCGGUUUUAAAAGUGCAAUGUAUACAUAAGUUUUAAAUUAUUAUGUUUCAUAAAGAAGCUCUAGGCAAUGCUUAAGGAUUUUAAGGUAGCAUUCCUUUAAAAGUUGUAGGUGGACCUUGAUAUCAUGUAGUUUUAAACUGGAAAUAUAAAGAAGGUUGCAUUUAUAUUAAUGCAAACUGCAUAAGGCAAAUUGUACAAUUCUGGAAAUUCUUAGAUAAAAUUAGUUGUUUCCACAAUUUUAUAACUUUACUUAUAACAUCUUUAGGUGGUAAAUUGCUAAAGAAACCAUGGGAAAACACUUACUCCUUUAAAAACAUUCUUUUAGAUGGAGUAAGACAUGAUUUUACCUUUUUUUAUUAAUGACCCACAGAUUCAUAGAGCAAAUCAAAUUAAAGAACCUCUGGACAUCCUCUCAAGGCAGGGAUACCCUCAGUUAUGUCACUUCCUUGACUAGGCAAAAUCUGAAAAUUUCUAAGGAUGGCAAUUCAACAAUAUAUUUGGAGCAACCUGCGCUAGUGCCUAAUCACCCUCACUAAAAUAUUUUUCCUUAUCCACAGCUGGGAUUUCCCCUGAUGUAUCUUGUGACCAUUGCUUUCUUCCCUUUCACUGUGCACUGAAGUCUUUUCUCUAACUGACUAAUGUGUGAUUUUAAGACGGCCAUUGAAUUGCCCCACUGGAAGUAUGUGCUGCUCUCAGCCUGUCCUCAGAUGCCUGGCUGGGUCACUGGCCUUCCACUGCCCUUCCUCCAGUGUAUCCAUCCCUCUCAUGACCUGAGCUGUUCAAAACUGAGGAGUGUGUUCCAGAUGUGGCCUCACAAGCACCAAGCAGGCUAAUUGCUUCUCUUGACUCGUUGGGAUGGUUCUUGCUAAUACAGCCCAAUAUUAUCAUAAUUUAUGGCUGCAAGGAUACACUGCUGACUUAAAUUUAACUACAAGCCCUCGAGUCCUUUUCUGCAGAUUUGCAUUGAGUCCCAGUCCAAGUGCAGGACUUGGCUUUGGGCUUUCUUGAUCUUCAUGCAUUUGAUAGCUGUUUCUUCCAUGUUUCCAGCUUACCAAGGGCCCUUUGAAGAUUAUGCCUGCUCUCCAGAAUACCCACCACUCUCCCAGGUCCAGUAUUGUGUGCAAAAUUGCUGAGAGAGUCCUGAAACCUUCUCCUGGUCUUGAAAGAUGCCAAGUGGUGUUGGCCAGAUGCUCUUUCAGAUUCCUUUUUCUCUACAGACUUGCUUUAAAAAAAAAAAAUUCUGAGUGGUGGAACAUCAACUAUGGAGAGUUAGCUCACAUAAAAAUAGCUAUGUUUAUGUGUCAGUACUGUCUGCUUGGAAUCAGUAAAAUAAUAUCAAAGACAUGCUAUUGCAUGCAUGGUGUUUGUGUCCAUUCUUUCAUGUGAAGAGACUGAUGAUAUUUCUAGGAACAAAAAAUAUAAGUAUAUACAAAUAUAUCUUUUAAAAAACCCUCAAUUGGAAAAGAAGGGUUUAUCUAUGCAGGAAACCAUUUCCUGGGCUGGGGUUGAGGUUUGGAAACAGCCCAGAAAAAAGUUCCCUUGAGUUUUGAGAUACUCAUCACUUCAAACACUCAAAUUAUUAAAACAUUAUCAAACUUCAGCUGAAUUUACAACAUUUUAGGAAAUUCCACUGUUUUGAAAAUCAUAUUUUUAAUUUUAAAAAAUUGCUAUUAUAUGAUUUUGAAUAAAAAUUGGAAUGUGAACAUAUAAUUGUAUAAAAAAUAUAAUAACCAGCUGAUUUUAUUGUUUCAUCUGGAGAAGAAUUUUUUCCUUCAUUGUAUGUAAUUUUAAACCUUGGUGCUUGAUAGUAAUGGAGCUACAUCUGUCUGAAAUUUUUAGGAUGAGGGAGUGGGAGGAUAGGGACUUCUUUAGCAACUAGUUAGAAAGGUCCCACCUUGUUCCUGGUGAGUUUCAGUAAAACUUCCACCUGACUUUUCAGGCAAACCUUAAGAGGCAGCUGACACUCUAAGGCUCACUUUCCUGCCUGGAAGGUGCCUUUGCUGGUCUGUGUCUCUGGUGUGGCUUCAUCAUACUCAGCAGUGACACGAAGGUUCCGAAUGUAGCAGCAGUGUUAAUGUGUGCUGUGAACUGUGUCCAACCCUGAGCACCUGGACCCUUGGUCAGCAAGGUACCCUGCCACAGAAAUGGCUGAUUUGGGUAGAAAAUCAGGAAAUGGGUGCUAAGAUUCCCUGCAACUGAUUGUUUGCUUCCAGGUUCUGAGGUUAUUGUCAGGGAUUGAGGUUUCUGGUGGAAAGCAAAGCAUAAGUUUGACAUCAUUGACUGGCUUAGUAUGCUUUUUUAUUACUUUUUUUCUCACCAGAAAGGUUGAUUUCAAUGUACAUGAAGUAAAGGAAAGAAAAAAAAAAGGUAUUUCUCUGGCUAGGCCUGAGGAAAUCUCACUGAGUUCCAUCCUGUUUUGGGAAUUUGAAAAUGUUAUGCUGUAGAAAACAAAAUAAGUAACAGGUGUGUUUACUCAGAUUCCUCUCAAACUAAGGCACUGCAGCAGGUUUCUAACAAAGUUUGCGUUUUAUACAUUACAUUUUCUGUUUUGCACCACUUUUGCCUUAAAAAGAUACAGAAAUCUCAUUAAAAGAGGUAAAGAAAUUAUUCCACUAGGGUUCUUAGUGCUAUGUUUGCCCUGCCAGAUUGUGAGUAGUGUGUUUGAGGUACAAUACAAAAGAUUACAGCAGUGCUUUUCUUCCUCUAAUAAAAACUAAAAUACAAUUCCAAGACAUGUGUGGACCCAGAUGCACACUGUGCACUGCUAUAUAUAAAUCAGAUUUAGGAGCCAUAGCCAAAAAACCCCAAUUAAAUGGCACUUGGCCAACAUACUGUUGAAUAUGUGCAAACAUGCAGUAAAAUGAAGGAACUGGUGUAACUUUAUGUUCAGCUGUACUACUUCACAGGUAAUUGUGUUGCCCACUUAACUCAUUUUGAAGAAAGGAAUCUUAUUAUUUGCAAGUGAAGCUGACACUUAAUUGCUGCUUUUGAGUCUACACUGUUCUCAGUCACAGAGUGUACUGAACAUAUGUAUUAAUGCAAUCAUUCAUAAUUGCCUAAAAUUCUUGUAUCAAAAAAUGUAGAAUUUCUUCCAAAUUUUUGUAUGUCUAGGGUUGGUAACAAAAUUUCAUGCUGUAAUAGAUUACAAAAAUAUGCCUAAACUGGCUGAAAUUAUAUGUAAAAAAAUUGUGACUGUAUAAGGAGCAAACUUAAAUUUUGCAGUUGAGUGUUCCCAUCUGCAAUCCUAAUAUUCUUUCAAUAUUUUGGAUGAUGAAAUUAGUUGGAUCUGUGAAUACUUAAAAAUUCUUUUAAAAUAUUUUUUUCUAAAUUUAAAUAUUGAAAAAACAGUAUUUUUAAAACAAUUUAAUUUUUGGCAAGAUAUGGCAUUUAAAUGACAAUGUUUAAGUUAUGGUCCUUUGAGCUUUGAAUUGCCUUUUAUUUUGAGUGCAUGCAUCAUCUCUUCCUUCAAACCUUAACUUUAUUAUUUUCAUAAUUUAUUAGAUCUCCAUUUUCAAAAAACAACGUCACUAUAUCCAAGAGAUAAACAUUAAGCUUUAUAUAUUUAAUGUUGCAGUGAAAUAAGUUUUGCUUUAAAUCCCACAUUGUAGGGAAGGAGAGGGAUCUCUUUAUAAAAUAAUUCUAUGAAUACAUUAUUUUAUUAUGUUAUCUUCAUGGUUGCUUCCCAGUGUGAUGUGACACAUUGAAACUAAUGAUAUUUGUGGUAUUUUGAGAAACAAGGACAGCAGAGAAAAGAACAGCAGAGGAAAGAACAGCUUGUAUCUUACAGAGCUUGUGUUGGUGUUGUGUUCAGUACAUGGGCAAAUGUCAAAGACCAACAAAUUUAAAAAUUGUGUUUGUUUCAAUGUAUAGUGCAUGUAAAGUAGCGUGCAUUUGUUCUGAGAUAUAUUGUACUUUGCAUGAAUUUUCAAAGGAUAGUUCCAGUAGGUCUGUAGCAUCUCUACUUGGCUCUGUCAUAUGAGAUACAAACUGCUUUCCUUAAAAAAAUGUUUACAUAAUAAUUAAAAAUAAGCAGGAAAACUUUGGGAAAACGUCCAGAAAAAAACAGUGUAAACAUAAAACUGAAUAGAGUAUGAUGGCUAGAUGUCACUAGGUGUUGAAAAUUUAACUGAUACUUUGAUUUUCAAGUACUUACAUGGAGGAGGCAUGGUCCUCCAUUCAGGCUGGUAAGAAGUCUAUUGAAAUUUAUGGAAUAUAUUGAUAUUUCUUAAUCAAGUGUAGUUUAAAUCUCUGUAAUUUAUGUAUAGUUUAAGAGACAGACAAAUAGAGCCAGUUUCAUAUAUUUGAAUUUGAGAAAAAACUAUGAGCACUUCAAUGAUGUGAAGUCCAAAACUAUUUUAUGAAAGCCAGUGUGUGGCUCACUUUUGAAAGAGAAAGCAGUCACGUGUGUGCAUAUUUGUCUGUAUACUUGCUUUAACAUUGAUCAAAGGCUAUUUCAAUACAGUAAAAAUAUCUGGUUGAGCAUGAAACCAAAAUAUAAUCAGUUUUAUACCUAAUGAAAACCUUUUAAGCCAAAAGUAAAUGCUACAACAUGGAUUUAAAAUUUUGUGCACUUUAUCAAUUUUACUGUGCAGUACUCAAGAAUCCUUUGUGUAUGACAUUUGUAGAAAUGCUGGUGCACCUUGGCCAGAUACAUUUACUGGAUGAAGGCUGAGGUCUCAUUUUCUAGAAGUAUUUCCCUAAUGGCAGCAUUCUCUUCUUGGAAAACUUUGUACAUUUUCCUUUGCAUGGUCUUUCCAUUCCUCUGUAAACAUCUAGCCACAUCUCAAAUUUGCUGACAAAAAUAAAACCUCUCCUCUAAUAAUAUAUCAUAUGAGACAUAUAGACAUUUAUAGCAAUACCUGUCAAGAAUUUGUCAACUUGUUAAAGUUUAAUAUUAAGAUUUUGAAAGAAAAUACAAAAUUACUGCUAAUGUCUUGUAGGUGUGACAGUUCCUUUACACUAAAUUUCACAAUUUAGCUCUAGCAAACAGAUAGUUUUAAAACAGUAAAAUGAGAAGUUGUACAUUUAGGAAUUAAGAACAUGAGGCAAACUUUAAGAAUUGAUUAUUGUACUGGAAAAUGAUGAUAUUGCCAGUAAACUAAACAUGAGCGUCAACUCUGUGUAACUGAAAUGACCUGCAUAGCCCCUGGAAUCCUGAAUUCAGAGGAUAUUGGCACUGGAGUUGAGCCAUGGGAAGCACCACUGCAAGGGAAAGGCUUUCACAAAGACAUUUCCUAGAACUCCUUAAAAAUACCAAAAUACCCCAGCUGAACUCUGCAGGCAGUUCAGCACACCCUCCUAACCGGACACAGUAGAGAAAAUAUAAGGAAAGGCUCAUUGAUCAAGGGAAGGACAGGGAGAGAUCACUCCCCAGUUACUGUCAUGGACAAAAGAGAUUCAGCUUGGGGAAAUUAGUUUAAUUCAUUACCAAUCAAAUCAGAAUAGGAUAAUGAGAAAUAACCCCAAAUUUCAAAAAUAUCCUCUCCCCACCCUUCCCUUCUUCCUGGGCUCAACUUUACUCCUAUUUUCUUUGCCUCUGCACCCUGACCAGCACAGAGGCUCAGGGAAUGGGGGCUGCAGUCAGUUCAUCACACUCUGCCACUCCUUCCUCCUCAGGGGGUAGACUCCUCACACUCUUCCCUUAUUCCAGUGUGGAGUCCCUCCCACCAGUGAGAAUCCUCCAUGAACCUCUCAAGUAUGAGUCCUUCCCACAGGCUGCAGUUCUUCACAAACUGCUCCAGUGUCAGUCACUCCCAUGGGGUGCAGUCCCUCAGGAACAGGCUGCUCCAGCAUGGGUGCUCCCAUGGGGUCACAAGUCCUUCCAGCAAACCUGCUCCAAUGUGGGUUCCUCUCUCAACAUGGCCACAGAUCCUGCCAGGAGUCUGCUCCAGCAUGGGCUUCCCAUGGGUUCCCAGACUCCUUCAGGAUCCCACCUGCUGCAGCUUGGGUUCUCUGGAGGCUGCAGGUGGAUCUCUGCUCCACCAUGGAUUCCCACGGGCUGCAGGGGCACAGCUGCCUCUCCACGGUCUGCGCCACAGGCUGCAGGGGAAUCUCUGCUCCAGCAUCUGGAGCACCUGCUCCCCCUUAUUCUGCACUGACCUUGGUGUCUUCAGGGCUGUUUCUCUCACAUAUCCUCACUUCCUUCUCCCAGUGCAGUUUCCAUACCCCAUGCCCCCUUACCUGUGUUGUGCCAGAGGCAGUACCAUCGUCACUGGUGCGCGUGGCCCUGGCCAGCAGCAGGGCCUCCAUGGAGCUGGCUGGCACUGGCUCUGUCACACAGCUUCUGGCACCUUCUCCCUGCAGCCACCCCUGCAGCUGCCCCGAUACCAAAGCCAAGUGACGGAAACUCAGCGCAGGGGGCUCUUGUUAAGAAGUGCCCUGAUGACUUUGCAUUGCUCUGUACAGAGACAGAGAAACGCCUGAUGCUCUGCAUCUCCGAAACUAGUGGGUGAGUUCACAAGGUCACAUAUUGGAAAUUAGGCUAUAGCGGUUGAAUCUUAAUUAAGAGAAAGUCUUAACAUUAAGCCAUGGGUACAAACAACCUUAGAAUGCUUAAUGAGCAAGUGUAAUAUAUUCAUCUUGCUUCAAAUCACACCUAUUUCUUGAAAGAUUUAAUGCAUUUCAGUUUCAAAAUACGGACUAGGUGAUAGCACUGCUGUGAGGAAGAAAAUGCAUCUUACGUAACAGAGUUAUGAUCACAGUGGCCCUUCUGGCCUUAGUCAGUUUGCACUCAUAUUCCUGUAAUUAACAGUAUUAGAGCUAUGCAGAUACGAGGGACAAAAACACAACAAAACUCAGCUAUUAUUCAGUCAAUUAGUGAUCAUCUAAAGAUGCAUAAAGAAUGACCCCACAAGUGGGCUAAAGCCUCGAAAGGUCUUAUGGUGAUUAAGAAAUGUGAUUGAAAACUGGCAUGUGGAUUGCCAUUGGUAGAGGAAAAAGGCAAAUGUUGCUGUAUGUUCUUCUCAUCUUGCUUAAUUACUUUUUGCCAUAAUUACUCUAAAUGUAAUCACUCUCCAUCACUCAUGCAUAGCAAUUUAUUGUUUCCAUGGGAACUAUGAGCUGACGGUUGCCAGCCCAUUACAAACACCUGCAUUUCCCUUCAUAAAUUGGUGUCAAGGUUUUUUACCAACCUGUUGUGAAAGUAUUGUAAAAUCUUUGCAAGCUAAAGCCUCUGACAGUAAAGUCUUCAAUUCCCCCUUGCUUAUAUGAAACAUUAUAAAAGCUAAUAUUUAUUGAACAAAUAUAAUUUGCCAUGGUGUUUCUGAUAAAGCAGUCAACAUUUUGGGCAGAUUUGUACAAGUUGUGUGAUAGAUAAGCCUGUCUAAUUAUGGGUGUCCUAUGUGAGUUUUAGGAAUAAUAGUUAUAAAAUUGCUGCUGUCAUGAAUUCCGCUCACUUGCAAUAGUUGUACAACACUGAUCAUGGCAUCCUGUCCCUUUAGAGGGGUGGCUCCGUAACCUGCUGUCAGCAGUCAACCUUUGUGGAAGAUGCUACAUGGUCAGACCAGCACCUCAUCCCACUUAUGGCUGCUUCCCAGCUUGCCUACAUGCCAGGCUUCCAACAGAGUUGUACGUAGGAAGACUGUUGUGAAUGUGGGCCUUGCUGUUUUCCGGAGCUCUGCUUCUCCUUGCUAAAUAUACACAGAGCAGUGCUUCAAAUGAGGAGCAGAGACUUGUUUGUCCUUCAUAAGUAAGCCUAACUGGAUCAUGAACUGAAAGAAAGCCUCUUCUGUACUUUCAACCCUGAAAUCUGUGAUAGUGCCAUAUCACAGCGGCCACAGGAAACACCUUUGCUUCCUUCUCCUUAUCUUCUGUCAUUUGCCACCUUAAGUGAAAUUAAUCUUGUUCUAGUUAUACAAAUAAACUACUCCCACAGCUCUUUAUCUGUGGAGACAAAAUGAGUUGCUAUGGAUUUAAGGAUAUCCUGAUUUAAGGAUGGCCUGAUGCACUAAUUGAGAAAUGGUGUCUAAUUAUUGACAUCAGUGAAGAAGGAAGGGCGGGAGGAGAGGGAGUAAAUGUUGAAGACAGUCAUGUG